AUGAUGAUGCUGGGUGGUCGCGCGGGGGGUGGCGUGGGGACUGUCGGCGGGGUUGGGGGCGGGAGGUGCCCGUUCACGGCGUCGCAGUGGCAGGAGCUGGAGCACCAGGCGCUCAUCUACAAGUACAUGGCCUCCGGCGUGCCCAUCCCCUCCGACCUCCUCCUCCCGCUCCGCCGCAGCUUCCUCCUCGACUCCGCCCUCGCCACCUCCCCCUCCCUCGGCUACCCUCCCCAGGCAGCACUUGGUUGGGGCUGCUUCGGGAUGGGUUUCGGGCGGAAGGCGGAGGACCCGGAGCCGGGCCGGUGCCGGCGUACGGACGGCAAGAAGUGGCGGUGCUCCAAGGAGGCGUACCCGGACUCCAAGUACUGCGAGAAGCACAUGCACCGCGGCAAGAACCGUUCAAGAAAGCCUGUGGAAAUGUCCUUGGCCACGCCCCCGCCGCCAUCCUCCUCCGCGUCGUCUUCCUCCUCAAACAUCAACUCCGCCGUCAACGUCGCCACCACGACCACCACCUCGCCCGCGCCCUCCUACCACCGCGCGGUGGCGCACGACGCGUCGCCCUACCACGCGCUCUACGGCGGGCCCUACGCCUCCGCCGGCCGCCCGCAGCAGCAGCACGCCGGCGCCUACCACCACCACCACGCGGCGCAGGCCAGCCCGUUCCACCUGCACCUCGACACCACCCACCCGCACCCGCCGCCGUCCUACUACGCCACCAUGGACCACAGCAAGGACAGCUACGCCUACGGGCACAGCGUGAAGGAGGUGCACGGCGGCGGCGAGCACGCCUUCUUCUCCUCCGACGUGAGCGCCGACAGGGACGUCCACCACCAGCAGCACAACGCCAGCGCGGGGCAGUGGCAGUUCAAGCAGCUGGGCGGCAUGGAGCAGCCGAAGCAGCACAGCCAGACGUCGCUCUACCCGGGCUACGGCAACGGCAACAACGCGUACGCCAUCGAUCUGGCGGCCAAGGAGGAGGAGGAGAAGGAGCGGCGGCAGCACUGCUUCCUGCUGGGCACCGACCUGCGGCUCGACAAGCCGUCGUCCGACGACGGCGGCGCGGCGCAGAAGCCCCUCCGGCCGUUCUUCGACGAGUGGCCGCACGAGAAGGCCGGCAGCAAGGGGUCGUGGAUGGGGCUGGAGGGCGAGACGCAGCUCUCCAUCUCCAUCCCCAUGUCCGCGCACAACGAGCUGCCCAUCACCACCACCUCCCGCUACCACCACGGUGAAUGA